CAAGGGAGUCCCCAAGUUACUCUGGCCGGCAAAGAAAGCGACGAUGCGGGCCUUGUGGACCUUCCUGGCAAUCUUGGGUGCGGCCAGUGCGCAAUGGGACCCCAACGUGGCGAACGGCCGCAGUGCCAUGGUCCACCUGUUCGAGUGGAAGUGGAAUGACAUCGCCGCCGAGUGCGAGCGCUUCCUCGCUCCCAAAGGCUACGCCGGUGUGCAGGUGUCCCCACCAAACGAGAACCUGGCCAUCCCCAGCGACAACCGUCCGUGGUGGGAGAGAUACCAGCCGGUCUCCUACAGGCUCAUUACCCGCUCUGGCGACGAGGCCGCCUUCACCGACAUGGUCAACCGCUGUAACAAUGUAGGAGUGCGGAUCUACGUGGACGCUGUGAUCAAUCACAUGAGCGCCACGCAGGGCGGACAGACCGGUGUGGGAGGCAGCAAACCCUCGGCCUACAACUACCCAGACGUGCCCUACGGCCAGAACGACUUCCACUGGCCCCCAUGCAGCGUCAACAAUUACCAAGACGCCAACAAUGUUCGCAACUGUGAACUGACUGGACUUCAGGAUCUGAACGAUGGAUCAGAUUACGUGCGUGGCAAGAUCACGGAAUACAUGAACAAGCUCAUCGGUAUCGGCGUUGCUGGGUUCAGGAUCGAUGCUGCAAAGCACAUGUGGCCCAACAAUCUUGCCAAGAUCUAUGGGGCACUGAACAAUCUCAAUAGCAACGUCUUCGGCAGCGGGAAGAGGCCCUUUAUUUAUCAGGAAGUGAUCGACCCUGGUACUGAAGCUGUAAAGAAAACGGAAUACAUCGGGAUGGGAAGAGUCUGCGAAUUUACGUAUGGUUCCCAGCUGGCACCAUGCUUCCGGAGGAAGAACCUCAUGAAGUGGCUGGUCAACUUCGGUGAGGAGUGGGGCAUGGUUAACGGAAACAACGCUCUGGUCUUUAUUGACAACCAUGACAACCAGCGGGGUCACGGUGGUGGUGGUGACGUCCUCACCUUCCAGGAACCAAGGCUUUACAAGAUGGCGACCGCCUUCAUGCUGGCGUGGCCUUACGGCUUCCCCCGAGUGAUGUCCAGCUACGAAUUCAAUAUCGACAAGGACGGACCUCCACAGGACUCCAACAACAACAUCAUUUCUCCCACUAUCAACUCAGACGAGUCUUGUGCCAGGCCGUGGGUGUGCGAGCACCGCUGGAGACAAAUCUACAACAUGGUUGGCUUCAGGAACAAUGCAGGACUGACUGCAAUGGCGAACUGGUGGGACAACGGCGGAUACCAGAUAGCUUUCUCUCGAGGAAACACCGGGUUCAUUGCCAUUAACAACGAAGCUAACUCCGACCUGAAGCAGACUCUCAAGACUGGUCUGCCAGGUGGUAAAUACUGUGACGUCAUAUCUGGUAAUGUGAACGGAAACAGCUGCACCGGCUCCACCAUCACCGUCAAUGGUGACGGUACGGCCUACAUCGAGAUCCUCACGUCGGCUGAUGACGGAGUGGUUGCCAUCCACACAGGAGCCAAAAUUGCUUAAGACAUUCCUACAUGAUAAUAACAUCUACAGCGACAUCGCUCAACAUCAUGGACUAUUCGACCUUGUUCUUUAGAUUACAUCUU